GGACUUCAAAAUGGUCACACCAGCCGCUAAGCGACUUUUCUGAACGCUCAACGGCCCUCUGGAGAGCGCAAUUUAGGUCACGCCAAACCCCUAUUACGAGCCAGGUGACGCGAUGGAGCCCUACUUUCGCCUUUUCUCUGCCGAAGAAUCUGCGAGUGGUCUCGAGCCGAGCUGGCACCCUAUAUCGCAGGAGUCUCUCAUGGCACCCCCAGUCACAACCGUCACCGUCCGAGUCGAGGCACUUGACUCAUGGGAAAAGCUCUGGGUCGAGCUGAAUCGCUACUGCGUUGCGAAUACCUCGACGGAUCCUAACCGGCCCCGGGCUAAAGACGCCCAGCUCGAGGUGACGACGGCGGGUAGCUUUCUCACGACCCACGAGUACAUCUCUGUCGUGCACCCGUGGCUCAUGGGCAUGCGCGAGAGGAUCCUAGACGCCUUGAGAAAGCUCGAACGCCAGGCAGGGGAGGUUUUGUGGACGCCAGAAGCCAUUUUAGCCGUUCAUUUGUUCGACGGGCCGAUAAGAAUUGGGACUGAAGACGGGUAGGCUCAAUGGCACAGAAAGGCCAGCCCUCCGCGA